AUGCAAGUGUAUACUCUCAAACAAGGCACACACCACGGUGCUAUUGAUGCAGACUGGAACCUCACAGUGAUCCAGCUCACUGAUAAGCUACAACAAACUUCCAGUCAUAGAUCCUUAGGAAGGCCUGUUGGAACCCCAUUUCAGAUACAUGUUGAUACCUUUUCACAGCUUAAAGAUUUGUUUUAUGUGGUUUGUGCUAAAGGAUUGAUAGUAGCUACUGGGAAGGAAACGGGCAAGUCAUUCAUACUCACUCCUGAAUAUUCAUGGGGUCCCUCUGUUGUUCUCACUGUUUACUUCCAUAACUUUAAUUACGAUAUUACCCAGUAUUCAAAGGCACUUUCCAUAAAUGGCUUUUUUAGAAAUAAGGUAUCCUUAUCAUGGAGUAAAAGCAAAGCAGGUCCUGGAGAAACAAUAUCUCUUUCAGUAAAUGUUAAAGAAGCUAAUUCUGUGGUGGGACUGAAGAUCAUUGAGAAAAGGGCAGAUCUUCUAGGAGAAGGAAAUGAUUUGACUACUAGAAAAAGACGUUCUUUUAAAAGUAUAACAGAUGGAAACAUAACAGCAACCAACAAUUUUAUGAGUGAUCCAGUACAGAAUCGACCUCUUGACCAAGCUGCAACAUAUUUUCCUGAGACCUGGAUUUGGCUCGAAACCAACAUUAGCUCUAACAUCAAUAAAAUCCUCCAAUUUACUGUGCCUGACACAAAUACUACAUGGGUGGCAAGCGCUUUUGUUGUUUCUCAACGUCUUGGAUUGGGAGUGACUGAUGAACCCGUUGAGCUACAAGUGUUGAAGUCUUUCUUUAUUGCACUGAAUAUGCCAUAUUCCAUAACCAGAGGUGAAGAAUUUAUUCUUGAGGUUACUGUGUUCAACAAUUUAGCAGAAACUAUGCAGGUCGUGGUUACAUUGGAAUCAAGUGACUCAUUUAUAGUAAUUGUUGCAAAUAAAGAUGAUGAUUCAACAGUACCAGGCAAACAGAAAGUGACUGUACCAAGUCAAGAUGGAAAAACUGUUCUCUUUCCAAUAAAACCAAUCAAACUGGGGGAAAUUACAAUCAAUGUAACAGCAGAUUCUUCAGCAACUUCUGCCACUAAAUCACAAACAAUAUUUGUAAAUGCUGAAGGAGUCAAGAAUUAUUAUUCCCAAACAACACUUUUAGAGCCAAGUGUUGGUAAAGCAAUAUCCCAGAACUUGUCGUUCACUUUCCCCAGCGAUGUAGUAAGCGGCAGUCAAGAAGCAUAUAUCACAGUUAUUGGGGAUCUUCUAGGACCAUCAAUUGAUGGUCUUGCGUCACUAAUUCAGAUGCCUUACGGUUGUGGAGAACAAAAUAUGAUUAACUUUGCUCCCAACGUCUAUGUCCUACAAUACUUGAUGGCAACUAAGCAAGUCAGAAAAGAUAUCUGGACUCAAGCUAUAACCUAUAUAGAAACAGGUUAUCAGAAGGAAUUAACUUACAUGAGAGAUGAUGGUUCUUUUAGUGCUUUUGGAAAAAGGGAUGCAUCUGGAAGUUCUUGGCUGUCGGCAUUUGUAAUCAAAUGCUUUCUUCAGGCUCAGCAAUUUACUUACAUUAACCCUACCAUUUUAGACGGAACAAUAACCUGGUUGCUACAAUACCAGGAUGCAAACACUGGCAUAUUCUCAGAACCAGGAGUAGUUUAUCAUUCUGAACUCCAAGGUGGUUUGAAUGGUCCAGUCACUCUUACUGCUUAUAUAGUAAUUGCAUUUCUUGAAGAUCCACACAUUGCUAUAUUGUUUGGAUCAAAGAUUCAGAAAUCUGUACAAUACCUUGAAAGCAAGUUUGAUGGAAUUUCUAGUAACUAUACUCUGUCAAUUGUUGCAUAUGCCCUAUCACUGGCCAACAGCACCAAAGCAAAUGCAGCUCUUUCCCUGCUGAAUUCAAAAGCAAAUAAUAUUGAAGGCACCAAGUUCUGGUCUUUAACAUUAGAAACCGCAAGUUAUUAUUGGCAGCCGCGAACAACAGAUAUUGAGACAUCAGCCUAUGCAUUGCUAUCCCACUAUAGACAAAACCGUAUCAAUGAAGGAAUUCCUAUCAUGAAAUGGCUGAGUCAGCAAAGGAAUCAUCUUGGUGGCUAUGCAUCAACUCAGGAUACUAUUGUGGCUCUGCAAGCUUUAUCCCAGUUUUCUGUGACUUCUAUCAAAGACACAGCUCUCACAGUAACAGUUACUGGAAAAGGAUCUUUUAUACCAAAAUCUUUUCAGAUCACUAAAGAUAAUCUUUUGGUGCUACAAAGUCACCAGAUUCAAGUUUCCCAGCCCUUGGACAUAAAGGUUUCUGCUGAAGGAAAAGGAAUGGCUAUUGUUCAGUUUAAUAUAGUUUAUAACAAGAAACCUUCCUCCAGGCAUAAAAGAAACACUGUCUUCCCAGAAGCUUUUAAAUUAGAUGUCACGGUAGAAGACAAGAAUAACACUGCCCUACUAUCUGUAGUCAUAUGUGCAAGGUAAAAACUCUAUGACUUUAUUUAUGGUCAUGAGAGUGGCAUGGUCCUUCUAGAGGUUGGAUAUCUCAGUGGCUUCACAUUGGAACCAACUGGAAUUCCAAUAAAUUGGACUCUUAAAAUGGUGGAAAAAAAAGAUGACAAAGUAUACCUGUAUUUUGACUCGAUAACAGCAACUAAAGUCUGUGUGACUGUUCCAAUGAUCCGCACAGCCAAAGUAGCAGCUUCUCAAGAUGCAGUAGUCAGAAUUUCUGAUUACUAUAACCCAAGAAAUACAGUGACAAGAACUUACAAUUCCAAGACCAUGACGAUGAUCUCCACAUGUGAUUUCUGUGGUUUUAACUGCUCUAAGUGCAAGUCUAAUGUUCUAGAGACAUCCACUCCAACCAGCAGUGCUAGCUCACCAGAAAUGCUUGGUGUACUUAAUUCAGACCCUUUUUGUACUGGGUUCAAUGGUUACAGUCCUUGUGGGCUGGCAGCUGGCAGCUUGCUGUUCCAGUAA